GAAGGGACAUCAGAACGAUCUCAUAGAGCUUUCAAAGCAUUCAGUCGACCCCACAAAAAGGCGCUAUUCAGGCACGUGGUGCGUAACGGGGCGGAAGGGUUGAGAGGACAUCACGUCAUCAUAUUAACCUUAUUCGUUUUAGAACUACGCACUUACAUUUGUCAAUCGAACGACUGUCGGCUGGAAUUCGAAGGGAAUCGCGAUGAAUGGGUCGCUAUCAAUGAUAAUGGAUGUUAUCUGGAGUACAAGGACGACAUUGAAGAAACAGUAGAGUUCUGUCCAUUACAGUGCAAUACCGCCACCUCUGCCAUAAUUAUUGAAGAGACUCCUGAAAAUGAAGACUGUACCGUUGGCAGUGGUGUGAAUGUGGUGCGACGACGAAAUGACUGGUUUAUGUGGAGAGGUGAAGACUGCCAGAAGGUGCAGGCGAACUUCAAAAUUGGCUGUACGUUCGACAAAAGGUAA